AUGAGCAAGGCGGCGAAGAAGCGCCUCGAGCAAGAGAAGCGCGUCGACUCGACCGUGUUCCAGUACGACGAGGUGUGGGACAAGAUGCAGGAGGCGAAGGUGAAGCAGAAGGAGGCAAAGGAGGUCGACUCGAAGGAGCGCAAGCCCAAGUACAUUAGCGGCCUACUUACGUCGGCGGCGACGCGCCGGCUUGACCAUUUGAGGGCCGAGGAGAAGAUGAUCCAGCGCGAGCGCGAACUGGAGGGCGACGAGUUCAAGGACAAGGACGCCUUCGUCACACAAGCGUACAAGGACCAGAUGGCAGAGCUCCGGAAAGCGGAAGAGGAGGAACGGAUACGCGACGAGGAGGAAAAGAAGAAGAAGGCGAAAGGAGUGGGCACAGGAAUGGCCCACUUCUACCGAAAGCUGCUAGAGGAGUCCGAGCAAAAGCACGAGCAGACGGUCGCGGCGACCGAAGCACCUACAAUAGGGCCGCAGGGCCCCUCGCAGAAUCUCACGAUCACGAAACCCGCCGACUUCACGCCCAAAUCCGACGUCGAAUUGGCACGGGUAGCGCGGGAGCAGGGGAAAGACGUCGAGCUCAACGACGACAACCAGAUCGUCGACAAGCGGGAGCUGCUCUCCGCGGGCCUCAACUUGUCUGCACCUAAUACGCGCCGUCUCGGGCUGCACAACUCCUCCAAGACCAGGUCGGGGUCCGCCGAACCGGCACAGGUCCAUCGAGCGGUUGGGACCGCCGCAACCAGGAAGGAGAUCAACGAGCGGCGGGCGCGGGAAGUCCAGCGACAACUGGAGGAAGAGCAGGAGCGUCUCGCGGCAGAGAAACAGAAGCGGGACGCGGAGAAUCUCAGCCGGACUGUAGCCAAGCGGAACAACGAGGACUCGGUGAAGAGUGCGAAGGAGCGGUACCUGGAGCGCAAGCGGCGUCGAUUAGAGGAAGGGGCCGUGGACACUGGCGCACCACCAGAUUCAUGA